AUGACACUUGUUACAGGCUCAGAGCGUCGUGGACGGCUAAAGGCAGUGCAGCAGGGCAACUGGGAGUGGACAACAGUUAUACAGGGCAUUAAUGGCACAGGAUGGGCUAUUCCGCCCUUUAUCAUCUUCAAAGGCCACAACUACCUCUCUGCCUAG